AACAAAUUUAAAAUAGAAUUACAAUGUGUCUCUUUAUUUUUUACCCAAAGCACUUUUAGUGUGAAAAGACUCUGAACAUUGAAAUGCCUCAAAAGAACAGGUUACUGUAUUGAACAAUAGAAAGUUCAGCAUUUUAGCACACGUUUUGGGGUUAAUUCAUUAAAAGAGAUCGAAAUCCAGAAUGCUGUAUUUUCCAAAUUGGAUGUUAUACGUCUGGGAGGCUCUGAGGCUGUGUCCAACAAUAAGGAGGGCGGAGUGCAACAGACUUUGCUCUUUGCCAUGGACAAGAGAUGAAAUGCCACUUGUCAGCAGCGGGACGACGCCCCUACCUACCACAUUCCACAAGAGGAUCAGCAGUGAAAAGUCUUCGCCAAAGAACAAGGGGAUAAAGCAAGAAAGCAGCAACGGACCGAAACACAGAGUUACAGAGAACCAGCCAGAAACGGCGAGCUGUCGACAGGUUUUGACAUUUAAGGGGCGAACGACCAGAGGCGAGUGACACCAGGAGCAUCUCAAGAUACGGGACUUUCAAUUUUUAAUAUACUUCGUUCGUACCUUCGUUCAUACCUACCAGCCAAACCACACAGCAUUAAUUAUAUAACAUUAAGUUUUACUGUUCAACUA